AAGUCACAGAUAAUCCCUCCCAACGACAGGAAGAAGCCUCUACGGUCUUCGCGUAGGGACAAACCUCAUCCCUACAAAUCAGAGCGAGUUUAUGGAUUUAUACACCGGAAGUGUUCUGAGGAGACAAGUGUUUCCAGGUCACGUGUGAGAAAUGCGCCCAGAGCAGCGAAGAUCAGAUGUUAUGUUCCGGAUCACCAAGGUGGAGCCUUCCUAUGGGCAGAAUGAACUGGAGCCGACAGAUUAUCCUACAGACUGGACUGCAGUGGAAGAGAAACCCGACAUAACCAGGAUCACUAUAGGUGAAAAGGAGGAAGCAGAGCAUCCGACCAAUGACUGGGAGACGGAUGAGGGAUUCUCUGAUGGGUGGAAGCCCUGUAAGCUGCAGCAGGGAAAGAUGGACAAAGAGAAUUUGUUCUUGGGUUUUGACAUGGUGAAGAAUGCAAAGCAUCUGCGCCAACUCUUGGUCAAGCCAGUGAACACUGCAGUUCCAAAGAAGAACAAGGCAAAUAAAGGCUUUGCCUCUCAGAGUAACACAAGUUUUCCACCCUCCUUGCCUAAUGGUGGCCAUGAAGGAAGGCUUCCUGAACAGAGUUCAUCCCGGCUGCAGCCUGUGCUAAGCAGAAGGCACUGCCUGUGUAACGUAUGUGGAAAGAGCUUUAUGUGGCUGUCUGCUCUGAAUAUACACAAGCGUAUACACACUGGGGAGAGACCCUACAAGUGCAGCACCUGCGGCCGAGGCUUCAGCCAAAAGACAAACCUCACACGGCACCAAAGGAACCACACAGGGGAGAAACCAUAUGGGUGCACUGUGUGUGAAAGGCGCUUUACUCAGAAACAACACUUGUCCAAACACGCAAAGACUCAUGAACGUCUUCAGAAUUACCAAUGCACUGACUGUGGGAAAAGCUUCUUUAACCGCCAACAGUUAAUAAAGCAUCAAAAAAUCCACAGGGACCCGAAGAUCUUCCUGUGCAAAGAAUGCGGCAUGUGCUUCCCGCUAAAGUCCAAUCUGAAAAUGCACCAAAAGAUGCAUGUGAAGGAGGCGGCUUUUGAACGGAAGAAGUCCCUGAAAGAAAAAAUGCUGGAUAAAUUACAAACCCGAGUGAAGUUGGAGCGGGAUAGUCCAGGUCCACCUAAAAGAUGCGAGACGGCAUUCAGCUGGAGAUCAGUAGGACAUCCAAAAAUUCAUCCGCGAGAGAGGAGGUUUAUAUGUAAUGAAUGCGGAAAGAGCUUCAGCUGGUGGUCCGCUCUUCUGAUGCACAUGAGAAUGCACACUGGAGAGAAACCAUAUAAGUGCAGUGAGUGUGGGAAGGGUUUCAGAGGCUGCCAGUCACUCACAAUCCACCAAAGAACUCACACGGGUGAGCGCCCCUAUAAGUGUAUGCAGUGUGGCAAGAGCUUUAGUCAGAGACCCAACUUGGUGCGACAUCAGAGGAAACACACUGGGGAGAAACCCUAUGUCUGCCCACAUUGCGGUAAAGGUUUCACACAGAAACAGCACAUGACAAAACACCUCCACGUCCAUUCAACAGACCGGCAGUACAAGUGCAAAGAGUGUGGAGUGGUCUUCAAGGACCUGGUGACACUUUCCCAGCACAGGAAGGUCCAUGUUAAAGAACAGGUUUGUAGCUGUACUGUGUGUGGGAAGAACUUUAUCUGGCUGCCUAAAAGGACCACGUCACAGAAACGUCCCGUAAAAGGGAAAAGGAAGAAAUGCCCACAGUGUGAGAAGGUUUGUAAGAGCCAAGUCAAUAAGAAGCGGUCACAGGGAAGGGCAGCUAGAAAUCAGGCUCUCUCCAUACAGAGAGAGAAAGUCGGACCUUUACAAAAGCAAAUCAAAGUGAAACCAUUUCACUGCGAUCAGUGCGGGAAAAGCUUUGGCUGGUGGUCGGCCUUCAACAUUCACCAGAGGAGACACACAGGGGAGAAACCCUAUGCCUGCACGGAGUGUGGCAAGAACUUCACAUGGUGGUCUGCCCUUAUUAUCCAUCAGCGCACCCACACUGGGGAGAGGCCGUUCAAAUGUCAGUCCUGCGGCAAAAGCUUCAGCCAGAAACCCAACCUUGUCCGGCACUUGCGGAGGCACACGGGGGAAAAACCAUAUCAGUGUAACGAGUGCGGGAAGAGAUUCACCCAGAAGCAACAUCUGUCCAAACACCAAAAUACUCACGGCCAAGGAGGAGAUCUCAGGAGGGGAUCGCGGGCUGGAAAAAAAACAACGGCAAGGAGAGAUCUUCCUAGACACUUGGUAGAGUCCGAGGCUCUGUACAAUGCUCUACCUGCUGUGGACUUCAGUCAACCUUUAAUGAGUCUGCCCACUGAAUCCCAUGCGCUUCCCAAGCUAUUCUAUCACACAAAACGGCCUUCUUAAGGCUUCUCUUACAUUGAACUGUGUGUGGCCAUAUUCCCAGCACCAUCUACUUGGGUGCAAUAAUUGUUAGAAAAUAGUUAUUUUCUUACAACUGAUGUUUCCUUUUGCAUAGAGAAAUGGAAACCUCAUGGUGCUGCCUGUCUCAUUGUGUUUUUUUUUUUUGUGUUUUUUUUUUUUUUUUGUUACGGACUCCCUUAGAUACCAUUAAAGUAUUAUUUGUGUUCUCUUGCACUGGCCUUGUACAUAACUAACCACUAAAUGAUUUGAUUUAAGCCUU